AUGUCUCUAGACCCUAAUGCUAUUCCUAUUAUUUAUCGUCUACAUUUUCUAUUAAUUCCAGGGGAAGGAUACAUUCCGGAUUACUGGUUGCCAUUGAAGUGGUGCCUGGAUGUGCUUAGGAAGGCGGAGAAAAUGAACUAUCUGGUGGAAGAGAAUAGUUUUAUGGAGUUGGUAAGGAUGAUCAACGGUUUCCGUUCUUCCCUGGGCUCAAUCUCCAAUACAAACAAGUUCAAUAUUCCACUCGUAUAUACUCAGUAUUGCGCUGGUUACCAGGUCUCUUCUCAGACUGGCACCCUAGUUACUUACAUAGACGAAUUAGGCCGCUUUAUUUACUACUGUUACGUCGGGCAGAAUGGCCGUCUAUCUUUGGCCUACAGUUUUAAGACUUCCUCUCAGCGUGGGUUCUCCGAGGAAAUGGGACAUUGCCACCAGGGCUACAGACGUCCAGGCGACGAAAUCGUCAAAGGAAUGUGGCUGGUUGGUUUACCUUUUGAUUAUAUUCUUUAA